GGAAAGGGGAUCGAUCGCCAAACCAGCGACCGAAUUUUGCUGGGUUGGUUUUGCUGAUAUCAGCGAAAUUUUUCUCUAAACCAGCGAAAUUUUUCGCUGAAAAAGGUGGCUGCGCGAAAUCAAAUCCAGCAACUUGGUUUCGCUGGUUUGUUAUUUCCGAAACGGUUUCUUUUCCAGCGAAAGUUUUCGCUGGUUUGAUACACAUCCUUCCGACAGCCGUCAUAAAUGUUUGUUAUUGUUCACGUUUGGAAGCGAUUUGUGGCAAUCGAAUUGCUUUAGGGGUUUUUUCAAAACAAAAAAGCAUGAAAAAGUUCUGCAUCAAGUGUUCAGCAUUAAAAUACAUACUCAACAGGUGAUGGUUCUUUUCAAUGAAAAGAAGCACGUUUCCAUAAAGUUCUCGCAGCAGAAAAAUACGGUGCAGUGAAGCUGGAGAUGUAUUUGUACUGCUGCAUAGAUGAGUGCACAAAUUGUCGCAGGUGGCAGCAAGAAUCGUAGGCGAGGAACUUGACCAUGGCCGCGUAACAGUUUGUGCUGUGGCAAGUAAGUACAACCUGGCUGGACUUUCUUUUAAAUCUGCUUCCGUUACUGCGAAAUCUUUUCUGACGAUUGUUCCAUCCGUAAACCUCCGUCAACCGGAACGGAACUUUAAGAUUUUUAGGUCGGUUACCGGUCACGCGCUGGAAAAAAACAACAUUUGUUCAAAACUGUGUCUUUGAGAUUGAGCGGGAUACACUGAAGGUUAAUUGAAAAAAAAAAAAAACAAAAAUAAUAAAAAAUGGAAUUUCAUUUCAUUUUGCCACACCACAAACAUUAAAUUCCCACCGAAUCUGCCAUCACUGGUCGCCACUGUCAUCUUGCUGUCAUCCGUCGUCUCGCCGCUCGCGGGCCGCGUAAACGUCAAACGUCGUCGUCGUCGUCGGAAUUUCGUAGCAUUGCUCCAUCUCAUCGCUAAUUGUUUUUCUUUUUGGUGCGCGCACCCGCGAUUCCCUGUUUGUUUUUCCGUUUUUAAUCCGUGGCCACGCCACCAAAGCUGCCGUGUGAUGUUGUGGGUUGGCGUUCGAAGUGCCAAAAGGUUGUGCGUUGCGGAGGAGGACGGAGUGGCCAUUUGGCGGCGGUUUGUAAACAAAGCGGUUGGGCGCAAUUUGUCCGCGCUGGUUGGGAUUCGGGCCCGCUGCAGUUGUCACAAUGACGGAUUCCUUCUUCGGGUUCGACACGCAUCUUCCGGUGGAGGAUGACGGAGGCGGGGGAAUUGGGGGCGGUCCGGACGAUUCGGAGGAGGAGUACGAUGCGCUGAACGAUGAGACGUUUGGGCAGGCACGGGAGGGGGACUGGGAGGAGCUGCACGAGGAUAUGGUCCGAGCGUGUGGACGAUGCCGAGCAAGCCGGAGACGCCGUGGCCGCAGUUGCCACAUCCGGCGAUGCAGCAGCACCAUCCGCAGAGUUCGUUGAUGGCGGCGAUGCAGCACCAGCAGCACCAUCAGAGGAUAGGCGGGGGACCAGGUGGCCCCUUUGUCGGUCUUCCGCCCAACUUCCCGCUGCCGAAUCCGGCUCAGAUGCGCAUCUGUUCGGUGGAGGAGAUCGAGCAGAACAUGAUCAAGCAGCAGGCGCAGCACUCGAUGCCGCCGGAGGUUCCCCAGCAGCUGCCGCCGUUUCAUCAUCCGGGCAUGGGACUGCCUCGUCCGCCGCCCGGAUUUCCCGGAAUGAUGAAUCACCAGCCGCCGUUGACGAUUCCGGUGAACUUUCCGCCGCCGUUGAACAUGGUUCCCCCGUUGCCACCGUUGCACCUGCUCCAGACGAACGUUCCGCCGCCGUUUCCGAUGAGUGUGCCGCCGCCGAAUUUCAACCAACGGCUGGUUCAGGAGAUUCAGCAAAACCAUCCGAUGCUGAACCAGCACCGUCAACACCAGCAACAGGGUCAGAAUCGCUACCAGCAGCAGCACAAUAAUCGGCAGAAUUACCACCAGAACCAGCAGCAGAUGCAGCAUCACCGUGGCAAGCUGAACCGGUCGGGCGAGUACGACGAGUACGCGAACCUGAUGAGCGAACGGGACAAGCAGUGGCUGCUGGCCUUUGUACUUAACGCCCAAUACCCACCUGAUGCCAAACCCAUGUGGACGUUCAUCCCUAAGCAUGCGUAUGGCCUGGUUUUUGACAACGAUACAAAAUACGCCUGCGUUGUAAGCCUCCUUGCAUAUUUAUCUAAACCUCCCGCUAAGUAAUUUCUAUCGUAUUGUAUUUAUUGUGAAGAUUGUGAAUUAUUUAUUUAUUUUUAAUGUGUAAAUUUAUGCUUUGACUGAAUAUAUUGUCCUAUAAUUUGAUCUAUU